AGAGCAAUAAACCAUAAAAGAAAUGGUAGAUGCUGGGCGAAGGAAUACGCUCUUCUUUCCUGCUACCUUUCUAUCUCUCUUUGUAACAUCAUUGCUUCUGACAAAUGGUGAAGCUUUUGAUUAUCCAUCAAUUGUGGAGCCUCCAUUCUCCCAGACUAACGUCGUCCCAACUGACUUUAGUUAUUGGGAAUCAGCAGGGGUGAGACCUAUCUUGAUCAAUGGUAGUUUUGUUUGUGGAUUCCACUGCAAAUUUGAAGGAACCGCCUGUCUCUUUGCGAUAUCCAUCUUCCGAUCCAGUUUUGGUGGCAACUCCAGCUUUUCUCCGCAAAUGGUAUGGUCUGCUAAUCGAAAUAGUCCAAUUGGACUUUGGGCAAAAUUGCAACUUUCUCAAGAAGGGGAUUUAACACUGCAAGAUGUUCAUGGCACUCUGGUUUGGUCUACAAAAACAGCAGCAGGUAAAUCUGUUUCCGGAUUGAAGUUAACUCAUCAGGGUAACCUUGUGCUGUUUGAUAGAAACGAUGAAACAAUUUGGCAGUCUUUUGAGCAUCCGACAGACUCUUUGGUUGUCGGACAGAGGCUAGUUUCUGGGCAGAUAUUGGUGGCAAAUAGGUCGGUCACAAAUUGGAGUGAGGGUUUGUAUUCAUUUUCAAUUGAUGAUGAUGGUUAUUUUGUUGCUUAUAUGGAAUCAGAUCCUGCUCAAUUAUAUUACAGAUCCAAAAAGUCUCAAUUAAGAACGGGGCAGUUUUAUGCUGAGCUGACUAACACAAGUUUUGGAGCUAGCCUUUCUCCAGGUUCUGGAUUUAGUUUUAUACAACUAGGGUCUGAUGGGAAGUUGAGGUUCUUCGGGUGGGUAGAAGUAGAAUCAAACUGGAAGGAAGUUUUUAAUUUGCCUGAGAACCGAUGUGAUUACCCACUGAUGUGCGGUGAAUAUGGAAUUUGUUCAGCGGGAAGAUGCAGUUGCCCAGAACCAGAUGAAAACGGAACAACGUACUUCAGGCAGCUAAAUUCUUCGCAGCCAGAACUCGGUUGUUCUCCAUAUAUUCCAAUAUCAUGUGAGUUUCCUUACCAGCAGAGUCUUCUUGAACUCAAGAAUGUUGAUUGUCUACCCAGAACUAAUUAUCACAUAACAGACAUAGAGAGCUGCAAGCAAGGCUGUUUAAACAACUGCUCUUGCAAGUAUACUCUUUUUAUACCUGAUAGUAAUUCCACAUCCCUUGGGCAUUGCUUGUUUGGAUCUGAAGUCUUUCCAUUCCAGAGCGCAGAUACUUCUUACAAUCAAUCUCUGUUUUUAAAGGUGCAGAGUUCAAUUGUGAAGCCUCCCAUCUCUUACAUUAACAACAUCUCAGACUCUAGUUGGGAAUCAGAAGAGUUAACACUGCAACCUUUCCUUGUCAAUGGGAAUUUUGUUUGUGGCUUCCACUGUAAAGUUGAUACUAAAAACAACACCUGCCUCUUUGCCAUCUCCAUCUUCCACUCCGAUUCCACCCCUUAUCCAAAUUUUAAAAUGGUAUGGUCUGCUAAUCGAAACAAUCCUGUCAGACGUGGGGCAAAAUUGCAACUUUCCCAACAAGGGGAUUUAAGACUGCAAAAUGUUGAUGGCACUUUGGUUUGGUCUACGAAGACAGCAGGUAAAUCUGCUUCAGGAUUGAAGUUAACUCAUCAGGGUAACCUUAUGCUGUUUGAUAGAGACAAUGAGACUGUUUGGCAGUCUUUUGAUCAUCCUACAGACUCUUUAGUUCUCGGACAGAGGCUUGUUUCAGGGCAGAAGUUGAAAGCUAAUACGUCAGCCACAGAUUGGACGGAGGGUUUAUAUUCAUUUUCAAUUGACAGUUCUGGGAGUUAUUUUGUUGCUUCUGUAGGGUCAGAUGACACCCUAAGUUAUUACCAGUCAUUUAGUUCUGAACUAAAAGGCGAAACAGGGCAGUAUUAUGCUGAAUUCAAUGACAUAAAUUUUGGUGAUUCAAAGUUUCCAGGACCUGGAGUUAGUUUUAUACAAUUAGGCUUUGAUGGGCACUUAAGGUCCUUUGGGUGGGUGGAAUCAGACUGGAAGGAAGUUUAUGAUUUGUUUAAGGACAGACUCAAUCGAUGUGAAUAUCCACUGGCGUGCGGAAAAUAUGGAAUUUGUUCAGCGGGAUCAGCGGGAGGGUGCAAUUGCCCAGAUCCAGAUGAAAACGGAAUAGCUCACUUCAAGUGGAUAAAUCCAGAUCAACCAGAUCUUGGGUGUUCCCCAUAUGUACCAAUAUCAUGUAGGUCUCCUUUCCAUGAAAGUCUUCUUGAGGUCAAGAAUGUUUAUCCCAUUGCUAUCAACUUUCUAGCUUUGUCAUUCAGGAAAGACGUGGAUGGUUAUUACAAUUCAUCUGUGUUUUUAAAGGUGCAGAGUUCAAUCACAGGGCAGAGCUCUCCAAUCGCACCAAAUCCACAAAGGAAUCCUCCAUCACCAGCUCAUUUUCCACAGAGAAAGAAAAGACAGAAUGUGGGAGUUAUACUUGCAAUCACUCUUGGAGCCACUUUUAUUGGGUUUCUUAUCUCCACUGUCUUUUUACUACAAAUUAAAAAGGACCCAAAGGAUGUUGAGGAGGAUUAUCUGGGUCACAUCUCAGGAACACCCACGAGAUUCUCUUAUGAAGAGUUAAAGAUUGCAACCAACAACUUUAGCAACAAGCUAGGUGAGGGAGGAUUCGGUUGUGUUUUUCAAGGAACAUUACCUUGUGGUACUCAAAUUGCAGUGAAAUGCCUUGAUGGUUUUGGUCCUGUAAGGAAGUCAUUUAUAGCUGAGGUUGAGACCAUAGGAAGCAUUCACCAUUUCAACUUGGUACGACUGGUUGGGUUCUGUGUUGAGAAAUCACGUAUGCUUUUGGUUUAUGAGUACAUGUGUAACGGGUCGUUGGAUCAAUGGAUCUUUUGCAGAGACAAAGCGCUUGCUCUUGGUUGGCAAUGCAGAAGGAAGAUCAUUCUAGAGAUAGCCAAUGGUCUAGCAUAUCUCCAUGGGGGAUGCAGGCAGAAAAUAAUUCACUUAGAUAUCAAACCCCAAAACAUCCUUUUGGAUGAAAAUUUCAAUGCCAAGGUUUCUGAUUUCGGGUUGUCUAAGCUAGUAGGGAGAGACCAAAGCCAAAUUGUGACAACAAUGAGGGGAACACCGGGUUAUAUGGCCCCUGAAUGGUUGAACUCAGUAAUCACAGAAAAAGUAGAUGUAUAUAGCUUUGGCAUUGUUGUUCUGGAAAUUUUAUGUGGUAGAAAAAAUGUUGACCGAUCUUUACCGGAGGAGGAUGGCCAUUUGGUAAGCCUUUUUAAGAGAAAGGUUGAGGAUGGUCAAUUUCUGGAUCUAGUGGAUAAGUACAAUGAGGAGAUGCAAUCAAAUGCAGCAGAGGUAGUGGAGAUGAUGAAAGUUGCGGCAUGGUGUCUGCAAGGUGAAUAUGCUAAGAGGCCUUCAAUGUCCAUCAUAUACAACGGGAAUUGGGGGGAUGGAGGUGGGGUAUUCGCGAUCUGGAUUGAUUGAGAUUUUAUUAUUUUUUAAUUUAAUUUAAUUUAAUCGGUUAAUAAAAUUUUAAAAUCAAU